AUGGGUUUCACUGACUUCGUCUCUGAUGCUGGCUUGGCUUUGGCCAACAGCUACCUGGCCAGCCGCUCCUACAUUAUUGGAUACUCCCCCAGCCAGGCUGAUGUCGUGACCUUCAAGGCCUUCACUGCCGCUCCUGACGCUGCCAAGUACCCCCACGUUGCCCGUUGGUACAAGCACAUCGCCUCUUACGAGAGCGAGUUCUCCACCCUUCCCGGUGACUCCUCUGCUGCAUUCACUGCCUACGGCCCUGAGUCCACUGAGUUGCCCGUCAACCCCAAGGACAAGCCCGAGGAGUCUGAGGAGGAGGACCUCUUCGGCUCUGACUCCGAGGAGGAGGAUGCCGCUGUUGUUGAGGAGCGCAACAAGCGUCUGGAGGAGUACAAGGCCAAGAAGGCUGCCAAGGGACCCAAGCCCGCUGCUAAGUCUCUUGUCACCCUCGAGGUUAAGCCCUGGGAUGACGAGACCGAUCUUGCCGAGAUGGAGGCCAACGUCCGCGCUAUUGAGCAGGAUGGUCUUGUCUGGGGAGCUUCCAAGUUGGUUGCUGUUGGUUUCGGUAUCAAGAAGCUCCAGAUCAACCUGGUCGUCGAGGACGAGAAGGUGUCUACUGAUGAGCUCCAGCAAAAGAUUGAGGAGGAUGAGGACCACGUCCAGUCCACUGACAUUGCUGCCAUGCAGAAGCUGUAA